UCUAGAUAUCUCUGUGUGUGUGUAUAUAUAUAUACAUGUUUUUGGAAGAAAGAACAGAAAGAAAUUAAGAAAGAAAGCAAAAAAGAAGUUUGAAGAUCCAUACACAGUUGAAUAAAAAAUUAGGGUUUUGUGUAAGUGAAUUGUUCUUAGGGCUUCUCUCAUUUGGCAUGCACCAUGGCAAUGUAGAUGCUUCUAUGGCCAUGGCUAUGGUUGCUCUCUUGCCUUUUGCAGUAUGCCAAAGGAGAGUUGCCCUGAGAACUUUUCGGCUUAUUUUCGAAUUCGAAAUCAAAUUAAGGGCUUAUGAGAAUUAAGUUAUAUUGUCCAAGAAUCACAAUGCAGCAGCCAAAGGUAAGACAGUGCAAAUGGCUAGUGUUGAUGCAUCACUUAUUAGAUGCAAUGUGUUAUAUAUAUAUACAUACACUUUGGUAGUGAUUCUUGUCUCUCUAGCACAAUUAAUUGUAGAUUUUUAUAAUAUUUAUCAACUGUCUUGGAAUUGCAGUUGCAGGUAUUGUUUUAGAGAAAGGUCUCUUGAUAUGGUGUUUAGGUUUGAUUUUCUUGUCAAUGGUAAGCACAGUACCAAAGGAUUAAUGUCAAAGGCAAAAGUACUAUUGUACUAGUGGAUGUUUGUUGCAUUCAUUUGUUUUAUUAUCUUUUAUUUUCUUUCAACGAUUUCUUUUACCAACUAACUGAUUGAAUUUGAGUUUGAACUUGAACUUGAACUUGAAUUGAUCAGGUGAACCCUACAUCUAUAGAUAGACCAACCUGCAGAUUAAUUGAAAGAGACUGCAGCCUGCACUACACUCACCAUUCUACAAGGGAUCAUUUUAUUAUUAUUAUUAUUAUUAUACACAUUGGAAUGGCCAACACCCCACUCAAUUGAAAACCUUAUACUUAAAGAUGAAAACAAAACUGAAUCACAUUAAUUUACCAAUUAGGGUUUCCUCUCAAUCACCAAUAAUAUGUUGAUUAUCUCUACACAUUAAUUUCUUGACACCCAAAUUGAUUUUCUAAAUGAAUACCUUAAAAACAUGUGCAUUAAUUAUAUGUUAAUUGUGGAAUAACAUCAAUCCCUCUCAAUGUUUCAACUUAAAGUUAUUGCAUCAAUUAUCAUCUUACAUGUAUACAUGUAUAUAUAUAUAUAUAUAUAUCUGUAUAUAUGUUAGGUAAUUUGCAUGCUCAUCUUUACUGUAAUUUCUGGAACAGUAACUUGGAAAAAGUACAGUUGAAGGAAAUUGCAAACAAACAAUGCUUGGUCAUAAAGUAUGCAUGUAUGUAUACAUAUAUUCACAUUUCCAACAUCCAUGAGUGACUUAAAAGUAUUACAAAUAAAGAAGCUGUUAGAACCCUCCAUGCAUAUAUAUGUACACACAUCUAAUCAGGAAUCUAAUCUGCAGAAUUAACGUUGUAUGUUAAUUAUUUUUCACUUUACUCACACACAUGCACUAUAAAUACCACAACCCUUCUGCUUCAUCCUCUUCAAUUCCACAAAGUUUCCCAAUUUAAUCCACAAACAAAAUUUAAUUUCAGCCAUGGCUGCUGGUCUUCAACUCAAGAUUUGUUUGCUAGCUUUACUUGUAGCUAUUUCUCAUUGUGGAGCCAUUCUUGAUGCCAAUUACUACCAAAAAACAUGCCCUCAAGCCGAAAACAUCAUCUACAACGUCGUCCGUAGCGCCACAAGCUUCGAUCCCAAAGUUCCGGCACGCCUCCUUAGAAUGUUCUUCCAUGAUUGCUUCGUUAGGGGAUGUGAUGCUUCGGUAUUACUCGACUCGACUAAAGAUAACAAGGCUGAAAAAGAUGGCCCUCCCAACAUGUCCCUUGCAGCAUUUUAUGUCAUAGAUGAUGCAAAAUCCAAGCUUGAAGAGUCGUGCCCACGCACCGUCUCCUGCGCCGAUAUCUUAGCCAUUGCUGCAAGAGAUGUUGUGCUUCUGUCUGGAGGGCCAAAUUGGGGGGUGAUGAAGGGCAGGAAAGACGGGAGAAUAUCAAGAGCAAACGACACCGUUUCGCAGCUCCCAGCGCCAUCCUUUAACACCUCCCAGUUGAUCCAAAGCUUUUCCCGGCGAGGCCUUUCCGCCGCCGACCUGGUGGCGCUCUCCGGCGGCCACACCCUCGGCUUCUCCCACUGCUCCUCCUUCGAGGCCCGCCUCCGCAACUUCAGCGCCGUCCACGACGCCGAUCCGAGCCUCGACCCCGACUUCGCCGCGGAGCUGAAGAGCAAGUGCCCGAAGCCCAAUCCCGACCGCAAUGCCGGGCAGCUUCUGGACUCGACGGCGACGGCCUUCGACAACGAUUACUACAAAAGGGUUGUCGGAGGGGAGGGAGUGUUCGUGUCGGAUCAAUCGAUGUACGAGGAUUACAGGACGAGGUGGAUUGUGGAGGCGUUCGCUAGGGACCAGGGGCUGUUUUUUAGGGAGUUCGCCGGCGCCAUGGUCAGGCUGGGGAACGUCGGGGUGAAGGAGGAUGGGGAAGUCAGGGUUCAUUGCAGAGCUGUGAAUUAAUUGAUGAUCAAGAGGGACCCCAUCCCCAUUGUGAGAAAAUUAUUGUUAAAUUUUAUUUCUUUUUUCCAAUUAGGGUUGAGUUCGAUCUGAUGAUCAUCAGACAAUCAUCUUUAUUUAUUGUUCACAUAUAUAUAUAUAUAUAUAUAUAUAUAUGCUGUCUUGAACUUGAACCUUCUAUAUGCCAUGAGA